CUUCUGGCUCACGUCUACGACGACUCGGACUUCAGUGGGCUCGAGAUGUGCUGCGCGUGUGGCGGAGGGGACCCUCCAACCAGCAAGGAACUGUGGUGGUCAGUCGGCGUCGGCCUCUGCAGUGGACAUGAAGAUGAUUGGACGAAGGCCGAUGACCUUGGCGCUAACUGGGGUUCCCUCAGAGGGUACGGCUGGCGAUUCUGCGACCAGUACACAGACGAGCAAUGCAAAGCCGUAUGCGCUGAAACAGAAGAUUGCACCAUGGUCUCCAACAACGGUUUCUGUUGUUUCUUAUUCAAGGGGUCGACGUGCGGGCUGGACGACACCAAGUCGGACUACGAGACGUUCUCCAACUCGGUCUCUGGGACCGAGCUCUGUACGAACGGCUGCGCCGUGGGCACGAAGUGCUAUUGCCAGGCGCACGGUGCCCGUGACCACCUAGAGGACUCACGCGGCGGAGAACUUCCCGCCGGAGCUGAUCAGUAGUCUCGCGUCUGGGGUCGAAGACGGUGCUCUGGCGUGGCUCGUCUCCAUGUGAAUUUAGGGCGCCCCUCGACGGGGGAUUUUCUCCGAGCUUUGCGUGUGGCCGGUGCCCGCCUUGAGGUGCUGGCCUGGGUCAAGGAUGAGUUUAAGUGUGACCAGCGCGCCUCUCGCACUAGGGCCAGCUGGAGACGAAAAACGCACUUGCCC